AUGAAUCUUAAUCAGUGUAAAUGUGUUUGUUCUCCAGGUGUGUUUGGUGAUUCAGUGUCAGUGAUGGAGGGAGAUUCUGUCACUUUAUACACUGAUCUUACUGAAAUACGUGAAGAUGAAGACAUACUGUGGAAAUUUGGAGCUGAAAACUCUUUCAUAGCUAAAAUGAAGAAAAAGAACCAAACCUUCCCCACAUCUGAUGGUCCUGAUGGGAGAUUCAGAGACAGACUGAAGCUGGACGAUCAAACUGGAUCUCUGACCAUCACAAACACCAGAAGUGAACAUGAUGGAGUUUAUCAACUAGAUAUAAGUGGAGCGAAAAAAUCAUCAAAAACAUUCAGUGUUUCUGUCUAUGCUCGUCUGCCUGUUCCUGUCAUCAGCAGUAACUCUUCACAAUGUUCUUCAUCAUCAUCAUCAUCAUCAAAUUGUUCAUUGGUGUGUUCAGCUGUGAAUGUGAGUCAUGUGACUCUCUCCUGGUACAAAGGAAACAGUUUAUUGUCCAGCAUCAGUGUGUCUGAUCUCAGCAUCAGUCUCUCUCUACCUCUGGAGGUGGAAUAUCAGGAUAAAAACACCUACAGCUGUGUGCUGAACAAUUCAUACACCAACCAGAUGAGACAUCUCAACAUUAAUCAACUCUGUCACACAUGUGCAGUUCCUCCAGUCUCAGUCUCUCUGAUAGUGUUGAUCUCUGCUGGAUCUCUGUUGAUUGUAGCUGCUCUCUGGAUCUUCUGGAUCUACAGGAAACUUAGAAAAACUGACAGAGAAGUUCCUCCAGUCUCAGUCUCUCUGAUAGUGUUGAUCUCUGCCGGAUCUCUGUUGAUUGUUGCUAUUCUCUGGAUCUUCUGGAUCUACAGGAAACUUAGAAAAACUGACAGAGAAGGCAUGAGUUAUUGCUUUUAA